CUGGCCGCCAUCUUGAUUAACUACAGCCUUGUUGCUUGUUGUAUUGGCAUCCUGUUUUGUAAUAUUGGACUGUGUUAAAAUAUUAUUGAGUAAAAAUGCGUCUCGUACUCCGUUGCGAUUUAGACGAGAAAAAGGUGGAAAUAGACGUGCUGCCUGACGACACAUUUGAAACUCUGUCGAACCGGCUGGUUGAGCAAGAAAAUUUCUCUGUCAAUCUGAAACAACUCAUCAGUGCCACCAAACCAUUCGAAAUGACAGCCAAUGUCAUCGAGUAUUAUUUCAAAUCAUUGAGAAAUCAAAAGGAAUCAGACUUUCCUAAACCUGAGUCUCCGAAACCGGAUGAGGGCUCGCCGGAACACAUCCUGCCGCAUAUGUCGUCCGAACUGUUGUCCGGUCCGUUCACCGAGCUGACGGCCGACGAGAAGACGGCGAUCGGUGACGGCGAUGCCCUCGACCCAUUGGACGAGCAUGUCGGGCUCAAAAGUGAGCCACACUUGGACCCCCAAAUGGUCGAGUCAGACAUUGUGCCGCGCAAACGCCUCUCCGUCAAGUACUGUCGACUCUGUGCAUGCACCAUUGAGGAGGACGCCGUUUUCAUUUUCCAGUCGACGCCAACUGAACCGGGCAAAAACGACGAAGAUGACGAAGGCAUUGACACUUUGGCGGAUAAAAUCAACGAGGCACUGCCUAUAUUGGUGAGUAAAGAGGACGAACUUCCAAAGCAGGUCUGUCUGAGCUGCGUGGAAUGCCUCAACGCCAGUCACGCUUUCACUAGGCGAGUCACGGCGGCUGAUGAUCUAUUGAAAAACCUUCUCUACCAAUCCAAUGAAUUUGAGAAGACACGAGAACAAGUCGGCGAUGCUAGAGCACGUGGUGCGUAGUCACUUGUCGGUGGCUGCGCAGACCAUACAGUGUUCUCUCUGCGAAAAGCAGUAUAUGAAUAUGACUGACGAGGAGAUGGCCGACCAC